CUCUCAAAUAAGAGUGGAGAUCGAUGCCCUUUUAUGCACGCAUCCAGCAUCUGAGAAUGUGUAUCUCAUCCUAUGCAUUGAUACUAAUUUUCUCUCUUUUUUCCCAAGGUUUCUUAUUUUCUGUUUCAAAAUCAGUGCAAAAAGCAGAAGACGACAUGCUAUUAAGUACAUUCAACCUUGGAAAAGUAAUCCAGAACGGUGGUAACGCUGAAAAAUCACGACCGGCAUCUUCGCCUGAACAUUAUAAAAUUGAGGACAACCGUUUUCUGAAUGAAGAGGAAGAUGGAGCCCCAAAGUUCUCAAACAUGGGCUCUAAGCACCGCGACCUUGCCCAUGGCCGUCCGCUGAAUCUGCCUCUCAGGCAGAUUCCUUAUUUUUCACUGGAGGAACUGGCAGCGUUUCCAGCUGAAGCUGAAGUUCAAAGUAUUGAGUCGAUACAGGAACGGAGAGAGACAGGAGAUGAAGAAAGUUCAGCUAAAUUACCCAUUGGAAGAAGAGAUUUUGACAUGCUCAGAUGUAUGCUGGGAAGAGUCUAUCGGCCAUGUUGGCAAGUCUGAAGCCCUACUGCAAGACGUUUGGAAGAGGAAAAAAAAACAUUUUUGUGAAAAUUAAAUGAUGCUGU